UUCUACCAACAACACAUAACUACUUCGUCACAAAACUCGUAUCUUCGAUUGCUGCACGAUGGACAUAUCUUCGUUAUCUCCAGAGGCAAUCCGCAUGCUCGUGUUCGGCUGUCAAUAUCUGGUGAUGUUCUUCGUUGCAACCAUGCUCGCCGCGCAAUGCUGCAAGAAGAAGAAGAAGGCUCCAGGUACAGAGAUGAAACCACCACCGGAAGAAGGAGCAUCGCUAAAAGGGCCACCAUCGGCAAAAUCAGCUGCAAAGCCGCCCGCAAAGCCUGGAGCAGCAGCGAAACCUGGAGCAGCGAAACCACCUGCUGGACCUGGCGCUCCGAAACCUGGUGCACCGCCGGCCGCUCCUGGCGCUCCGAAACCUGGUGCUCCUGGCGCCCCUGGCGCUCCUCCACCUGGCGCUCCUGGUGCAAAGCCUGGUACUCCUUCCGCUAUCGCAAAGGCAGCUGAGGCAGCUAAAAAAGUGAGUUUACUGAAUAAAUCUUAUUAG